CAGCAUCAUCCGGCAGGGACCCCCACGGGGGGGCUGGGGGCACCCGCCGCCCCCCACCACCCCCGCGGCGCGGUGAUGCCCGCGGCGCUGGACCACGGCGCUGGGCUCGGGGCCGGGAGGAGAACUGGGUCAGCUGGGUAACCAUGGAGAUGCUGAAGCAGCGCCGGCACAGCCCCGCUCUCCAGAAACCUUCAAGGAUUUCACCAGGCUGGCACCCUCCGUCUGCAGCGGGGCCGGGGGGCCGAGCGGGCUGCCUGGGGACGGCGGGGCGCCCGCUGCUGCUCCCCGACCUGCACCGGGCGCUGAUCCCACCACCCGGCAGAGCCGGCGAGCGAGCCAGCGUCCGACCAUGUUCAACGGGGAUGCGAGCUCCUCCGCCGCCAGGAAUGUCGUCCGCAGCUCCAGCAUCAGCGGCGAGAUGUACAGCCUCGAGAAGAGCGCGCGGGGCAGCGCCGACUCCGUCAGCAUCAUGGCCAGCAAGAAGCGGCGCUCCAGCCUGGGCGCCAAGAUGGUGGCGAUCGUGGGGCUGUCGCAGUGGAGCAAGAGCACGCUGCAGCUCAACCAGAGCGAGGGCGGCCCCAAAAAGCUGCGCAGCAACAUCCGGCGGAGCACCGAGACCGGCAUCGCGGUGGAGAUGAGGACCAGGGUCACCCGGCAAGGCAGCCGCGAGUCCACCGACGGCAGCACCAACAGCAACAGCUCCGACGGCACGUUCAUCUUCCCCACCACGCGGCUGGGCGCCGAGAGCCAGUUCAGUGACUUCCUCGACGGGCUGGGGCCGGGGCAGCUGGUGGGGCGGCAGACGCUGGCCACCCCCCCGAUGGGCGACGUCCACGUGGGCAUGGCCGACCGCAGCGGGCAGCUGGAGGUGGAGGUGAUCCAGGCGAGGGGACUCAUCCCGAAGAUGGGCUCCAAAUCCAUCCCUGCCACCUACGUGAAGGUCUACCUGCUGGAGAACGGCGUCUGCCUGGCCAAGAAGAAGACCAAGGUGGUGAAGAAGACCUGCGACCCGUCCUACCAGCAGGCCCUGCUCUUCGAGGAGAGCCCCCAGGGCAAAGUCCUGCAGGUGAUCGUGUGGGGUGACUACGGGCGCAUGGACCACAAGUGCUUCAUGGGGAUGGCGCAGAUCGUCUUGGAGGAGCUCGACCUCUCCAGCGCGGUGACGGGCUGGUACAAACUCUUCCCCACCUCCUCCCUGGCUGACUCCAGCAUCGGGCCCCUGGCGCGCCGCCUCUCCCAGUCGUCCCUGGAGAGCUCCACCAGCCCCUCCUGCCCGUAGCGGCAGCUUGGUACCAGAGGCCGGGCAGGGAAGGAGACAUCCUGACCUACCAAAACUGUCGGUGGAUGGCUGUAAAUAUCCCGUCCUCUUUUUCCCCCCCCCUUUUUUUUUUUUUUUAAAUCUCCUUCCCGACGCAAACCUGCUCUCGGCACGCUCCUCCCCGAGCAAGCGCCCCAGCGCGCAGGGAGCGGGGGCCGUGGGCAUCGAGGCGGGGGGCAGCGAAGGCCCUUGUGCCGCGGGAGGGGGGGGAGCCGCCGCAGCCCCCCGGGGAGGACGGGCACGACGCCGUGCUCCUCUCGGCCACAGCAGCCCGGUCCCGCUCAUCCAGCGCCACUGCAAGAAGUAGCAUGACGCCUCGACUUCUUUUCCUUCGAUUUUGUUUCCUUGCCUCCGAGGAAAAGGUAGCUUUUCAAGGAAAGAAACUCAGAAAAAAAAUCCAACUCAGCACUACUAUUUUUUUUGUUCUUCAAGGAAUGUAGCAUCUUCGAUUAUGUAGCUUGCCACGUGCUAACACCACACUCACUGCAAUAUCUGAGACUCGGCGCUGACGGAUACAUCUGCCAGACACUGCCCGUUUGUUCGUUUUCUGACACAAACCCUGCGAUGCUGAGCAAGCCGUUCCGGUGACCAUUUUUUUCUUUUCUUUUUUUUUCUUUAAAUUCUGGUAGCAUUCAGCCUGUGACAGUGACAUUGCCAAAGGGACAGAGCACGGACAAGGGUGCGCGCCACCCCCUCCAAGCAGGGGCUGGUCUUGUCCUUGUGUUUCACUGCUCACCGUCGUCUCGUGCGGCCACGGCGAGCCCCAAAACGUCACCUCUGCGCUGCCCGAGGUGAGCGCGAGAGCCCCGAGGGAGCAGGGAGGGGGUGACGCUGGCUGAGCCGCUGCCUUCCAGCCCCUGCCUUCCUCCGCCACCCUCCUCCUCCUCACGCCUCCAGGGGGGUGCUGGGGGGUCCCGGCUCCCGGGUACGCUACAGGGGAACAUCUCAACGGCGUCUUCUGCUGAUCUGGAAUUAGGGGGACUGAGAGGUUACGAACAAAGGACUCGAUGGUUUGAGUUUAUUUUCAGGAUGAAUGUUUUUUUUUUUUUUUCUUUGUAUGUUUUGUUUGUUUGUUUUUAAAGCAGCAUUUUGGUUCCCCCGAGGGACCAGUUCUUGUAGCAAAACCGAGAAUUACGGAAGCUUUUUUUGAAGGUGCCUAAUGAAAUUUGCUGAAACUACUCAGGGGAGACACCACUAGAAACUCUGGUUUCUUCGUAAGAUACACUUCACACAAUGACUGUCCUGAAGGAUCAGGUUCCAAAAGAGAGGGAAAAAAGCAGCAAACCACAACACACCAAAACACGAGCAGUCUUGAGACUGGAAGAGGACAAAAGGUUAAUGGGGAAUUUCUACUGUCCAGAUGGCUCUGGCCUUCAGUCUUUAACACAAACCAACCAACAGCACAGUUGGGAUUUUUUACAAUUAUUUGUUGGCAAAGCAGAGGAUUUCACAAUGCACAGAGCACAACAAGAACAACCUGCGGUUCUCCUGGCGAUGCUGGGACCGACGAACCAGCUCAAACCCGUUGCCACGAAGGAACAAAACCAAACCUGAAGGAAAAGACUGUUGCAACGAAGCUGUCCCCUCGCAGAACAGACCCCGGGGGGGGGGCAGCGAAACCCCACUGCCCAGCAGCUGCUUUACCCCGCACCCCGCUUUCAGCAUCGUCGUGUCAAGGAAUUCCAGCUGCUAUCGUGUAUGUCAGAUCUUUACCAAACCACAACCGCCGCGCACCUCCAAGAGCAUGCAGGAUGCUGCUGGCCGGGGGUGGCAAGGGGCUGCUUCGAGACCCCCCAAGGCCCCCCCAGCCAAACACCAAGCCCUCGCCUGGCACAGGGCUGCGGCACGAGCUGGGGAGGGUCCUGCGGUUUGAGGAGGCAAGCUCAGCGCCCUGCUCGCUGGAGCAGGCAUAAACAAGGGGUUUAAAAGAGGCCUUCCUCCUUGGAACUAACUCUGUUUGCUUUACCGGCUCAGUUUCAUCGUAAAAAAGGAGAAGCCUGCCUUUCAGCAGCGGGACAAUAACCACGAGCACAGGGACUGGGGACAGCAGCGUGGGCAAAGCCUAGAGCUCUGCAGGGAUUUUCCGCUCGCCAGUUUGGACACAUCGCUGGCUCUGUGGCUCUCCAGUGAGUUUUGGAGCCCUACUUCUCCCCCCCAGGCAGCACAGUGCUUUUAUUAAGAUCCAGAAGAGCAGCUGGGGGAGCACGGAGCCAACCGGGUGCGCACCCCCAGCAGGUGCUGAGGUCCAGCAAAGGCUCCCCUGGUUCUGCGCCAGCCCCAAAAACCAACCGCAGCUGGCACUCGGAGAACCCAGCACCCAGACGGAGCUCCUGAAAGGCGCAGCUGGGUGCUCCAGGGAGCAUGGAAAACCCAAAUAUUUGGGCUUACUUUUUAUCACUAAGGAAUUGAUAACGCGUUGGAGGAUAACGGUACAGCCAGGAUCAGAACAAACCGCUCCCCGAUCCUUUCUCGGUGGUGUAUUCCUGUCUGCUGCAAGGCGAGGGGCUCGUGGGGGCGAUUCCUGCUGCCCACCCAGGUGCAGCCACCGUGCCAGUGGCUUCAAGCGAUUGCCGUUACUCACCACACACUGAAACCCAUCGAAACCUUAACUUCACUCUCAGCACUGCGUACCUGGUCCCCGCAGGGAGCUGGUGCUUGCUUUUUGGGUCACGACCCACCUUUUGCUGGCAUGGAGAAGUGACAGAGGGAGAAGCAACCCAAGUGUUUACCCAUGUUUACAUUGCAGCGUCAGCUCCUCCUCAUUUCUGACUGCAUGAGCCGUGCAUCAGACGUUUCCCCCCCUCAAACGAGGGCAAAACAGCCAAGUUACCCCACUGCUUUCUACAUGGGGACACCAGAAAAACCACGAGCUCCUGGACUCAGGUUUUUUCCGGGGGGGAUGUUUCCUUGCAGAGGGCAUUUUUGUGUGCUAUCCGAUUUGCAAGAGGUUGCUGCACUAACCGGGUAUCGCACGUUAGAUUGUUUCAUCUCCUUCCUCCACCCUCCAUCAGGAAAGGAAAUUCAGGCCGUUCUACUUUGCAGAUAUUUUCCCCUAGAAAAAAAAGUUAUUAAUAUCAGACCAAGGAAGCCUUGCAGGCCAUUUUACACCCAGCACACGCACCAGUAAGUCAGCAGGCAGCAGCACCCACCUGAGACACAGAUGAUCUUACUAUAGCACAGCUGAUGGGGCAGCUUACCUGGUGUCAGAAUCAAGGCGCCCUAGUUCAGUAACAAGGGUGGAUUUUGCCAAAAUAGCCUUGAACUGAUACUUAACCCCUAAAUUCCUGUCAAAAAGCCAGUCGCAGCCACUCAGCAAAGCACAGAAAACACCACAGGAUUUCAUGCCUAAGCCUAAGCUAUCCCUGGAUUUUCUACGAGCCAGGGAUGGGCUUUAUUUGCCAAAAUUGAGCGACUGAACAUUUCCUAGGGCACCGGGCCAGGCUUCUGGGCACAGUCAGAAAUUAGCUCCUGUUUCAUCAGCUCCACAGCAUGUUGAAAGCACGGGGAGAGGAUGCUUGGACAUAGAGCUGUCCUGAAACCAAGUGAGAUACAGAACCAGUGAACUUGCCCGCAGUAACCAAACCCAUUAGGCGGCUUUGGAAAAUGCCACAGAGCAACAGAGAUGGUGGGAAGCAUUCCCUCCAUGGCCACCUUUCCCACCCCUUAAAACCUUUCCUGCAGAAAGGGUUAAAGCAUAGCACUGGGCUGCAAACAGGAGGCCAGAAACUCCUGCAGGAGCAGGGCCAGGACUGCCCCUGCUGAUAGGGAAUUAUUCCUGUUCAGCUCCUUACGAGACUGCUCUCAGCAGCGACACGCUUUACUCUAAGUCUCGUAUUUGUGUGCGUGAGGUUAACGUGUUUAAAAACCUUUGCUUGUUUCAGUCGGCUUGGAAAUACCUAGCAGCAGUGUACGAUAUAAGGGUCUUUACUGCUACAAGGCCAUUUAUAAGAACAGCCCUGGUGAUGUUUUUUCAGGUGAAAAGAGCCCACCUAUUUUUUUUCCAGUUGACUCAGACACUCCUUCCCAGAUUGAUGUGAAAUGCUUGGACGAUGCACAUCUGUAAACUUCCUUAAGGGUGUGUGUUUGGUUACUGAUUUGGAAAAUAACUGCAUUUUAAAGGUCAAGGAACAGUGCUCAGGCACCGUUCUUCUCGGUGGCUGAGUCCAAAGCCUGAAAGUGUUUUUCAUCAGACAUGGAAACAUAUUAAGAGCUCGCUCUGCUCUCCUUUAGGUUUUCAUGCCUCUAGACAGAUUUCUAAAAUUACCUUCUGUAAAAGCAAGGUUCGCAUCCCAUGACGUGCCAAAGGCAUGACGGCCCCUUCCACUGUUCCUUUAGUGAAGCUGUUUCAACUGGAAGUCUUCCUCCUACACCAUGUUCACAAGCAUAGGGAACACCCCCAUGGCUGGUUGUUAGAGGUGCAACCGUUACGUUCAGGAGCU